AUGGGGGACUUUUUGUGCAGCGAGUGCAAAGAGGGCUUUUCGAACAACUUCGAGAGCGAAGAGCUGUGCACUGUCUGUCCCCAAGUGUCUCUAAACGGGUGUCUCCUUUUUCUCUACUACCUGGGGCUGCUGCUCUUCAACAUCGUGAUGGCCUACUUGAAUGUCUCCGCGGGCUUCAACCGGAGGUCCAUCCACUCCAUUGUGAUCAAAAUAGCUUCCAACUUCGUGACUUGCAUGUGGGUCUUUUGCGUAAUUGAUUUGGAGACACUUGGAGUCCCCUCGUGGUUUUUGCGGCUGCAGACGGACGUGCAGCAGCAAAUGAGUGUCUCCCAGAAGUCGCGCUGGCUGUCCAUCGACUGUCUCCUCCGCAGUCUCUUCAGUCUCUCCUACUCGGAGACAUAUUUCUACUCCAUGUUGUUUUACUUGCUGCUGCCGCUCGCGCUGCCCGCAGCAGCAACGCUGCUGCUGUACCUGCUGGUCUCCCGCCUGCAGCAGCAGCAGCGCAGCGAGACGCAGCGCAAGCUGCUGCUGCUGCAGCAGACGCAGCAGUUCCAGCUGCUGUCUCUUUCGCAGCAGCUCCGCGAGAAGCUCGAGGAGGACCGUCUCUUCCUGAUGUUCCGCUACGUGUCUCUUCCCGAGGAGACACUUUGGAGACGCCUUUCCAAGUUCCUCGAAGACAUGACUCCCGUCUUUGUCACCAUUUGGUUUUUCAUUUACACUUCCACUUCCCGCAACAUGCUGUCUCUUUUGAAGUGCACGGGGAUCGAGUUUGGAGACACCCAGGGGGGGACCAAGUUCUUCCUGGCCGCCGCCAUGAGCAUGCAGUGCCAAGUGUCUCCUCGCAGUCCCUACUUGCCCUUUUUUCUCCUCGGAGUGGUGGGGUUGUUGUUAUGGAGCGUGGGCAUCCCUUUGGGGGCCUUUUUGGUUCUUUUUGUCAACAGAAAAAACCUCAACAGCAAACAAACUCGCCUCAAGUUCGGCUUUCUCCACAACGGCUUUGUGCGCCAGUUUUGGUUCUGGGAGACAGUUGUUUUCGCGAGGAAACUCGCAGUUUUGGUUGUCUCCUCCACCGCGUUUUUCGUCUCCAAGAGUCUCCCCUCCGCCACCGUUGCUGCUGCCACGGCCCUCGCCAUCGCCUUCAACAUUCUCCACCUCAAGUGCCAGCCCUUCGACAAGAGGCAAGGAGACACUUCGCUUGCUGUCUCCUUUAGGGUGUUCUGCGGGAGAUGGUUCAAUCUGGGGUCUCCUUUGGGGUGUUCUGCGGGAGAUAGUUCAAUCUGGGGUCUCCUUUGGGGUGCUCUGGAGGAGACAGUUCAAUUUCGGGUCUCCUUUGGGCUUGUCGAAAGGAGACAGUUCAUUUUUAGGGUCUCCUUUGGGUUUUUCAAAGGAGACCGUUCAAUUUUAGCGUCUCCUUUGGGGUGCUCUCUGAGGAGACAGUUUAGCUGA